AUGGCCAAGCUUAAGACCAAGGAUCUCCAUGGGAAAAAGAGAGAGGAUUUCAACAAGCAACUCGAGGAGCAAAAGACCGAGCUCGCUUCACUCAGGGUAUCCAAAGUCACCGGAGGAGCCGCAUCCAAGUUGUCGAAGAUUCGCACAGUCAGAAAGAACAUCGCUCGUGUUCUGACCGUCUACAAUCAAACACAAAAGUCUGAGCUCAGGAAACUUUACCAAGGCAAGAAGUACAAGCCACUCGAUUUGCGCUACCGAAAGACUCGUGCCCCGAGAAGAGCCCUGACGAAACCCGAAAUUGUCAUUGAAGACCGACAAACAAAAAGCGAGACAACAGGCAUUCCCCAUCCGGAAAUAUGCCGUGAAGGCUUAAAUUUGUUUAACAAUAAAUUGUUGUGUUUCUCGUUGUUUCUU